AUGGACGAGGAAGCAAGUGUAGUGCCACAACACAAAGAAACUGCUGAGCCACGCCUCAACAUCAAGGAGUGCUCUCUCAACAAGGAGGAUGGACUGCGCCAGUACUCGCUGACGCCGCAUCCCAACGCGCUGCCGCAGGAUUUCCUUGAUCAGCAGCGUGCCGAGUCUGCCGCCCUGCUCAACCGGGGGCUCAAGUCAAAGAUCAUUCGUUUCGUGUGCAUCGACAUACGCCUGCCCGAUGGCACUCCCUACUCGCUUACACCCAACAAGCCCAUCAUCAAACCGCCCUUCAUGGACACAAGCAUGAUGGACAUGAGCAAGCGUGCGAUGUGGCAGGUCAGCUUGUCGCCAAACGACCCCAUCCGGGAAAAGAGCUUCCCCGCUGAAGGGAUCGUGCUGCUCAAGCUCAAGAGCGACGUCUACGGUGGACAGUACGACCUUGAAGACCUGGUGCAGCAACGAGGUGGUUCAACGUCGGGCUACUUCCUGGUGCCCAUGUACUCGGACGCCGGCAGCGGGCAGGAGAUGCACCCCAUCUUCAAUCAUGUACAGAUAUCCGUGGACAGGCAGCCGGACGACGACCGGGGCGAAGCUUCCUUCCACGUCACCAAGGUCUCUCUCGUGUAUAUACCGAUAGCAGAGCUGGAGGAUCAGCAAGAAGGAUUCGACCACCAGCCAUCAUCGCCGCCCAUCGUCUUCCCCAUCACCAUCGCCUCCUUCAUGGACACCGCCUCCGCCCCGCACAAGCGAAAGCUGCCCCCGUCAGCCGACGACGCCAUGACCGAAGCCGACCCAUCGCCACCACAAGCCCACGCGGCCGCCUUGGAAGAAGCUGGGGAAUCCCCGCGAGGCUCCAACAAGCGAAGACGGGCCGACGACAACACCCUCGACACGCAGCGCCAACAACAAGACGAACGAAACUCCUCGUGA